UCUUUCAUGGAGAAAAAUCCCCGUCGCACUCUUUCCGGCCGUGGCCAACUCACGGUAGUGCCGCCAUCACCACGCCUUGUACGCUCUCAAAGCAACGGAAGCGUGGCGACUAUAACCACCCCAGAGAGAACUCCGCGGAGGUUCAGCUCUAGUGAAAAAUUAACAAAUAGCCACCGUUCAAAAUCAACAUCUAAGAUAAGAACGGAAAACAACGAAGAGAACACAAAGUUUAAUGAUAAGAAGAAGAGUAAUAGCAAGAUGUUACAAUAUGGAGUUAGCCCCGAUCGCAAUGGAGCAUCGAAGAGGACCACAUUGCCUUCGGCGUGGGCGCUUUCGCCAGGAAGGCAAUCCCUCGGUUCUCCGAUUUGGCGCGAGCCACCACCGCCUAAAGCAAACGGAAGCAAAGGCAAUGGUGGUGGUAAAGUUGGUAAUAGUGUCACUAAAGUUUUGAAUUACUUUAAGCAAAGGAAAGUGUCAUCCAUGCAAGAAGAAAUGUACCAUAAGUAUAAGAUUUUUCAUAGUAGACUUUUGCAAUGGAGAUAUAUUAAUGCUAGAACUGAGGUUUCCAAGGCUAGGGUAAAAAAUGCUUCUGAGGUAAAUUUAUUUUCUGUAUGGCUUGGAACCCUAAUGCUAAGAAAGACCAUAAUACAAAAGAGAAUUGAAGUACAAAAAGUCAAACAUAUGAUCAAGCUCCAACAAAUUUUGAGUGGUCAAAUUUCCUAUCUUAAUGAAUGGAAAAAACUAGAAAAAAAGAAUAAAGAAUCAAUCGAAAGAUUAACAAAGAAGUUGUUAACAUUGUCUACCACAAUGCCCUUAAGUCAUGGUCUCAAGGUAAAUAUAGAGGCCUUAUUUGAAGCUUUCAACACAGCUGUUAAAGUCAUGGAGAAUAUUGAACUAUUGAUUAAGAAAUAUCAACCACAGAUUGAGAGAAUUCUUUAUCAAGUUACAGAACUCACCACCACAUCAAAACAAGAAGAAGAAUGCUUACAUCGACUUCUCCAAAUGGUUUCUGUUAUUACUACUUUACUAGAAAAUGAGAAAAGUGUUCAAGUACAUCUUAUUCAAAAAAAGAUCGAAUCUAAUACCGGAAAUUACCCCUACAACAAUAUUGCUCAAUCUUGUAAAUGAAAUGGGUUCUUAUUUGCAUGUGUUCCAAGAUCAAUGUCUUUCAAAUGAUCGAUAAAAAAUUCUUUAGGUAGUUAUAUUGUUACAAUUUUGUGACUAAUAGAAAUGUUAUGAAUGCACUCACCAGUGUUGUAUGAAUUUAUAGCAUUUAAUUCAUUAGUAAGAAACAUUCUCAUGACAAAGAUGAAAACUAAUGGAAAGGCUAAUGUUUCACACAAAACUUUGUUGAGUGCUUCGUCUAAUUUCUUUUGUUAAUAGCUUUCUUUUAGAAAUCUUUCUUUAAUGAUUUUAUAUUAAA